ACUGAUAGGUGGCACUGAUAGACAGCACUGAUAGGUGGAACUGACUGGCAACACUGCUGGGCACUGACUGGCGGCCCUGCUAGCCAUUGACUGGCGCAACUGCUGGGCACUGACUGGCACAAACUGCUGGGCACUGACUGGUGGCACUGACUGGCAGCACUGCUGGGCUGCACUGAUGGGCACAGGUGUGUGGCACUGGUGGGCACAGGUGUGUGGCACUGCUGGGUGGCACAGGUGGGUGCACUGCUGGGCACAGGAGGGUGUACUGCUGGGCACAGGUGGGUGCACUGCUGGGCACAGGUGGGCGGAACUGGUGGGUGACACUGCUGGGCACCGAUCAUCAGGGCACUGAUCAUCA